GACGGCGCGCAGUGCCGAAACGUGUGCGUGCUCGCGCACGUCGAUCACGGCAAGACGACGCUCACGGACGCGCUCGUGGCGCACAACGGGUUCAUAUCGCAAAAGCAAGCGGGACAGAUGCGGUACAUGGACUUUCACGAGGACGAACAGCGACGAGGGAUCACGAUGAAGAGCGCGGGGAUCGCGCUGCUGUACACGCCGAGGGCGGCGCGCGAGAAAAAGCGCGACGGCGACGAGGGCGGCGAAGAAAUCGUCGAGCGAGUGCUGAUAACGGUGAUCGAUUCGCCGGGACACGUGGAUUUUUGCAGCGAAGUGUCGGCGGCGGCGCGGCUGAGCGACGGGUGCUUGGUCGUCGUGGACGUCGUGGAGGGGGUGUGCGUGCAGACGCACGCGGUGCUGCGACAGGCGUGGGAGGAACGAUUGAAGCCGUGCUUGGUAUUUAAUAAGCUCGAUCGCGUGUGUGUCGAGCUCGGUUACACGCCGAUGGAAGCGUACGAGAGAAUACGGUCGUUGUUGCACGAGGUGAACGGGUUGAUGAGCGCGUUUGAGAGCGAAAAGUUUAUAUCGCAGGCGGAUACUUUUUUGAGCGCCUUCGACGCGCACGAGGAGGGAAGGGGCGAAAACGGCGGCGAGAACGACGCGACGACGACGACGACGACGUGUGAUUAUCUCGAAGACGAAGAAGAUUUAGUGAAUGAGGAAGAGGCGUUUAACAUCGCGAGCGGGAACGUGGCGUUUGGGAGCGCGAUCGAUGGAUGGGCGUUUCGCCCAGACGCGUUCGCGGAUUUGUACGCCGAAAAGCUCGGGUGCUCGUCCGCGGCGUUGACCAAGGCGCUGUGCGGAGAUUGGUAUUACCACCCGAAGAUGAAACGGAUCGUCAGUCGCAAAGUGGCGAACGGGAAACUUAAACCUUUGUUCGUGCAGUGCAUUUUGGAGCCGAUCUGGAAGAUCUAUCGCACGGCGGAGAGCGAAAAAAACGGCGAGUGGGUGGAAAAGGAUUUGGCCACCCUCGCUCGAGCACUCAAGGUGGACGUGGGCGAGCGAGAGCUGAAAAACACGGAUCGUCGAGCGGCUCUACAGAGCGUCAUGCGUGCCUGGCUUCCGAUGUCAUCGUGUUUAUUAGAGAUGGUGGUGAAUUGCGUGCCGAAUCCAGUAGCCGCCGCGGCGCGACGCGUCAAUCGAGUCAUGCCACAGCCCGUACUGCGUGGCGCGCGCCCGAAAGGCUUGGACGAGGCCCGACGCGCGGUAAUCGCAGGUAAGGCUUCGGAUGACGCGCCCAAGAUCAUUUUCGUCUGUAAGAUGAUAGCUGUGCCCAAGGUACACGUCCAAGGUGCGCUCACCGAAGCGGGUGGUGGCGACGUCAAGUUUUUAGCCUUUGCGAGAAUUUAUUCGGGCACGGUACGAAAAGGCGACAAGCUCUACGUGUUGAAUUCUCAGCACGACCCGAGCGAUUAUGACGCGUCGAACAUCGAAGAAGUGGAGCUUACCGAGCUGUACCUCAUGAUGGGUCAAGGGAUGUUCAAGGUGGAUGAAGUUCCCGCCGGAAACUUGCUCGCCAUUGGCGGCUUGGACAGGGCGAUUUUAAAGUCCGCCACGCUCUCGUCUUCGCUCGAGUGCCCGCCGUUUGGGGAAAUGAUGUUUCAGGCGUCGGCGAUCGUGAAGGUGGCGGUUGAACCCGAAAACGUGACCGACAUGGACGCUCUCGUCGAAGGUUUACGGCUGUUGAAUAGAGCUGACGCCUUUGUCGAGGUGAGCGUGAUGGACACGGGCGAGCACGUCGUCGCGGCGGCGGGUGAAGUGCAUCUCGAGCGAUGCGUCGCGGAUUUGCGCGAGCGAUUCGCCAAGGUUCCCAUACGUGUGUCCCCGCCAAUCAUUUCCUUCCGCGAAGGCGUCACGACCACGGGUACGGCGUCGUCGUCGACGGCGAAUGGACGUCUGACGUUUACGUGCACGGCGAAACCCAUUCACAACUUCAUCGUUCGCGCGGUGGAUGAUUCUGCGGAUGCGCUCAAGGUGAUAUUGCUCGCCAAAGACACCGAAAGCGACGAGAACAAAAUGCUCGCCAAAGCAUUCAUUGAGAAAGUGACGGCAGCGCGCGAAGCGGCUACGUACGAUGAGCAAGGUCCCGAAGGAGUAGUGGAGGAUACAUUUCGUUCGGCGUGGGCUCUAGGACCGAAGCGCGUAGGAUCAAACGUGCUCAACGUCGGCACGUACACCGUAGACGUGGAUGAUGAAGAGAAGGAGUUUGGCCACGCUAACGUGGGCGUCGCGCUCGGGGUGAGAAAGCCCUAUGACAUGGACGGGUCUCCGCCAGAAGACGUCGCGGCUGAUUUUGAUUUGAACUCGGUGCAAGGAAGCGUGUUGACGGGAUUUCAGAUGGCGACCGAUCGCGGCCCGCUCUGCGACGAACCGCUGACUGGAGUGCAGAUAACGCUGAACGUUGCCGUGAAUCGAGGCAAUGAAGAUGACGACCGUACCGUCGAAGAUACAGAUGGCGAUCAGUUUGGUCCGCUCUCGGGUCAAAUCAUCAAUGCGGUUCGAGACGCGAUUCGCAAAGCCGUGCUCAAGGCCGGAACGCGUCUUGUCGAGGCGAUGUACUUGGCGGUCAUCACUACCACUGCGGACGCACUCGGAGGUACUUACGCCGUGCUCGGUAAACGCCGAUCGCAAGUGUUGUCGGAGACCAUUCGCGAGGGCACGGGGGUGUUCGUGAUCCACGCCUACCUGCCGGUGGCGACGGCGUUUGGCUUUGUCGAUCAGCUCCGCGCGCAAACCUCAGGGGCGUCCACAGCGCAAUUAGUAUUUAGUCACUGGAGCCCCAUAGAUAUGGAUCCAUUUUUUACGCCGACCACGGAAGAAGAGCGAGAAGAAUACGGUGAAGAGGGUGACGUCGGACCCAACAUAGCACGACAACUCAUGGACUCGGUGCGCCGGCGAAAAGGCUUAAAGGUCGAAGAGAAGAUUGUUCAAGUGGCCACAAAGCAACGCACGUUGGCCAGGAAG